AUGGGAAAUCAACUGGAUCGCAUCACCCACCUGAAUUACAGCGAGCUGCCAACAGGGGACCCUUCUGGGAUAGAGAAAGACGAGUUGCGAGUUGGGGUGGCAUACUUUUUCUCGGAUGAGGAGGAGGACCUGGACGAUAGAGGACAGUCUGAACGAUACACUGUGAGGGACUCAAGUCCAAGCGAAUGUGAGGGGCAUCUUCUGCUCAACGAAAUUGAGUUUUCAGCCUUUAGUUGUCAGGAAUGCAUCUUUUCCAAGCUCAGGGGCAGCCAGGACCUCAGUGUCUAUCCUAUGCAAGGCUUGUUGACCUUCUGCCAACCAGGAGAUCUCCUGGAGCUGCUCUUUAUUUGCCCUGCUGCAGACCACCCGCCUCCCCCAUCACCACACUGGGCAGUCUAUGUUGGUCAGGGACAGAUUAUACACUUGCACCGUGGGGAGAUCCGCAAAGACAAUGUUUUCGAGGUAGGCGGAGGGUGCAUGGGCAGGGUGGUGAGUAGCUGGUAUCGAUGCAGGCCCCUGACUGCUGAGCUGGUCCUUCAGAACGCAUGUGGACACCUUGGCUUAAGAAGUGAUGAGAUCUGCUGGACUAACUCUGAGAGCUUUGCAGCCUGGUGCAGGUUUGGCAACAGGGAGUUCAAAGCUGGUGGAGAGGUGCAUUCGGGCAAUCUGCAGUAUUUCUUGAAGCUCCACCUGGAAGAAAAUAACAUUCAUACCAUGAGGUUCCACAGCCUGGAGGAACUUAUACGGGAGAAGCGAAAUUUGGACGCUAGUGGGAAAUUAAGAGUCAUCAAGGAACUCUCCAUGAUGGAGAACAAAGAGUAA